GUCAUCAACUACCCAGCCACGCCUUACCUCUAUGUCUAUGCAUUAUUGCUGCCCCAUGUGCCGACUACCGUGGUAGACCACUCUUAGCCUCGCCAUCCUGCCCCUCGAGAUCAACCUUCUCCAUACCCAGAUACUCGUACCCAUUAUCACUUCCCACCACCCAGCUCACGAGGUGGACACAAUCAACCUCGACGCUAUCAUCUUAGCAAUAUCCCUCGGUUUCAUCUCCAUUUCAGCCACCCGACCACGACCCUGAUUCCCGUCUUUACAUCCUCUCGCUCAUCCUCCUCCACUCUCUCAAUGCUUGUAUCACUACCCUCAUCUUCAUCUUUGCAUUUUUCCAAGGCGCCUGCAUCUGCAUACAAGACGGGAAACAUAGAUUCUUUCCUCCACCAUACACCGAUCUCCCAUACAUGUCUUCCUGCGGGUCAUCCAUCGAACCAUUAUUGAAACCUCGGAGGAUUGACCAAAAUAUACUAGAAGAAGACUGCGCCGCUCACAACGCCUUAUACACUGUUUGGUAAAAAUGAUGACAUACUCAGAAUCCGCCCCUCGCCAGUCGAGGGCGGUUCAACCACCUCACUUUGAGAUCCAGCAAGAUGAAGCCAAUGGCGACAUUCUGGCAGAUCGCUUCCAAAUGCUUGAAGAGCUCGGAAGUGGUUCCUUUGGCGUCGUUUACAAAGCCAUCGAGAAAGCCACUGGCGAAAUCGUUGCUAUCAAACAUGUUGAUCUAGAAUCUUCAGAAGAAGACCUUUCAGAUAUCCUCUCCGAGCUCUCAGUACUCUCCUCCUGUUCAAGUCCUCAUGUCACCAAAUAUCGUUUAGCCUUCCUUCGUCGUCAAACUCUUUGGAUCGUCAUGGAAUAUCUUGGAGGUGGCUCAUGCGCCGAUCUCCUCAAACCUCCGCCACACCGUCUAUCCGAAUCCCACAUUGCCAUCAUCUGUCGUGAGCUCCUUCUGGGCUUGACCUAUCUGCAUAGCGAAGGCAAACUCCACAGAGAUAUCAAGGCUGCCAAUGUGUUACUAGGAAUGGACGGACGUGUCAAGCUUGCCGACUUUGGCGUCGCCGCACAGUUGGUUGGCCUCAAGAGUAUGCGAAAUACAUUCGUCGGCACUCCCUUCUGGAUGGCACCAGAAGUCAUUCAGCAGGAAGGCCACGAUGCAAAAGCAGAUGUCUGGAGUCUAGGUAUCACCGCCAUAGAGCUGGCAAACGGAGAGCCCCCACACGCCAAUGUCCAUCCAAUGAAAGUUCUGUUCCUGAUUCCCAAACAGUCAGCCCCAAGGCUAGAGGGCAAUCAAUGGUCACGGGACUUCCGCGAUUUUGUUGCCACAUGUCUGACAAAGGACGUGGACAAGAGAGCGAGCGCCAAAGAACUACUCAAGCAUCGGUUCAUUCGGUCUGCCGGCAAGAUCGAAGGCUUGCAAGAGUUGAUUGUCAGAAAACAGGACUGGGAGGCCGGUAAAGGCGGCGACCGGAACUUGAAGUACUAUGCCGAGACACUGAGGAGUUUGUCCGGCUCAAAAAACGAAGACGACUGGGUCUUUGAAACUGUGAGAGCCGUGCCGACGAUAGACUUGCGAGGCUUCCAAACCCAGAAGAGGAGAAGGGUAGAAAGCUCGGCCUCGGUCGUUCUCGGCGACCAAAACGAGACCAGUCCCACGCAGAUGAUGCAUGAUAUGGCACUGCAGAAUGAGGACGCCCAAAAGGACCAACAAGCUCAUUCGACCAUGCGCCGGAUUCCCGAACCUCAUCUUGAACGAACAGACUCAACAGAUUCAUCAAAAUCAAGACAGACCGCCAAAAAACGACUGUCGAGUGCACAAGCACGACAGCCUCUAGGGGUGAAUAUGUCGUUUGGCAACAGCCCCAGUACAGUGCGACAAUUCCGACGAGUGUCCCCUAGUGCCAUCGGCAUCAACUCGGAAAACGAGGAUCCUAAUUCUAGUGUCAUCAGGACACCUUCCAAGGCAAAGCCUGGCCUACACCAGAUGGUUGAUAUGGACAAUUCCUUACUCCAUGGGUCGAGGCCAGACAAGACCUCUAGGUUCUCCUCAACCGCAACAACCAUUGCGGCGGAAUCCAAAGAGGCUAGCCUAGGAAGGAAACUAUACACCAAUGCGAUCGGAAUAACGUGUCAGGACGUGUUGAGCAACACCGCAGAUGAAGUCAAAAGGGAGGCUGUGGCUCGACUAGCUGAAGCGUUUUCAGACUUGGAAAGCCUCGACCCAGAUGGCAUGUACCACAUUAUGCGAGGAAUCGUAGACAAGAUGCAAAGUGAUAAGGACCUGAGGAAUUUUUUGCCCUCUGUUGGUGGCGACCAACAUCAGUCGUUUCCCGACCCACCAGACAAGACGCCGUCGGCCGAGAAGGAUGCCAGCUCACCACAAAAUCAGCCCCUGUCUGAACCCAUCACUGCAAAUGCAUCACGUCAGGUCACACCUUUGACGCCAACAGGAAAGGGAAACAUGGGGGCCAAACUAGUGCUCGCACAAAAUAACCCUCAUCUCAAAUCCCAUCGACGACGACAAUCAGCUCAAGCAGCCAUUGUGAAAAGUCGAGAGACGAGUCAGGUCUUCUUACCGAGCCCCGAAAAGCACCGCAAGACUGGGCUAAGCCAAGAAGACGCAGAGCUUGAGAGGGAUAUGUUCAAGGGCUUUCAGGGUGGUCUGGAACACAACCGUCAGCUGGCUGACAGUCUGUUCGAAAGAUGGUGUGAAGGCUUGAGGGUUAGGUGGCCUGCUGUUUGAACAACCAAGUGUGAAAUGAAUUAGCAAAGUACCAGGAGGAAGGAAAGACACGCCAAACUGCUGCAUAUCAUGACCAGCUAGUGAAGCUGAAGCUAUUCUGUCCUGUGUCAUCUUCAGCGGAGGCAGACUGGACCUUUUCCAUUCACACCCAAUUUCUUUUCUAAUGUAUUAUAUUAUCCAUAGCCACGUACGAGUUUGAACGGCCUCCUCUCAUUUGAACGAGUCUCUAGCAGACUAUGUUGUGUC